AUGAUAAGCACUACUCCUUCAAGUAAGCGUUCUUCUGAUGAGUUGGAAAGCUUACCUGAUCUGUCUUCAACAUCGAAAAAGCUAUUGGAAAAGAAAACCAGAAACGAUGACAGUCAGAAAAUUCUAGCCGGAACCAAAGAAAAAGAGAAGGAGAAGAAGUGGCUUACCAUUGAUCAAGAUGGAGUUCAGUCUCUCCAUUUUGUAUUGAUUGAUGAACGUGGUGACAAAAUUCACGGUUAUAUAAACUGGGAGUGGAUGAUACCAUAUUUUGACCAGAAAAUGCAGGAAGGAGAGUGGAAGAAAAUCUACAAUUUUACAGUCAUCAGAGUUUCGAAUCUGGUGCGUUUAACUGAAACUGAUAAAGAACUCAGUUUCCUAGAGAACACUGAGGUGAAAAGAACGAAGUUCGAUAGUGAAGACCACUUCCAAAAUUUCAAAAGCUUUGAUACUCUUUUCAACCUCGAUGUCCCUCUACAACUUCCUGUUGAUGUUAUUGGGAAAGUUACGCAUGUUGAGGAUCUACAGUUGGUCCAUGAUGACCUGUUUGGUCCUCACUCUCCAAAACAAAUAUGUCGUCUAAAGUUCACGAUGGUCAAUAACGAUGAUGAAGCUAUUCAAUGUGUGGCUUUUGGGAAACUGGCUGAGGAUUUUAAUCAGCAUUGGUACUGUCUUGACGACGUUAAAGCAGUUUGUGUUUUAUCUGAUUGGCGUCUUAGGAUUGUUAAUGGUGUUGAACAAUUGAUGGAUGAUAGAGGAGUUUCUCGAUUUUAUUUCGAUCUCGAAAUUGAAGAGGUGUUCGAAUUCAAAGAGAACAUGUAA